AUGAUGAUGAUGAUGGGCAGCGAUUGGAUCAAUCGAAUGCGGAUACAGACCAGAGUAUACAGUUACAUGCGUGGGCUGAUACUUGUGACUAUCCUCUGCCUGACGGCCAGCAGCCUGGCAGCUCCCGCUCCAGAACCCGCACCUGAACCAGCUCCUGCUCCAGCUCCCUCGCCCAGCAUUGGAUUGGGCCUGGGACAUGGUUAUGGGGGAUAUGGUCUCGGACUUGGACUAGGAAUCGGUCACAUUGGCGGCCUCUAUGGCGGUCACUAUGGAGGAUUGGGUUUGGGCCUGGGACUGGGCUACCAUGCUCCCAUCGUUUCCAAGACAAUCAUUGGCAAGAGCUAUCUGGGCGGCUAUGGAUUAGGCCUGGGUCACGGAUAUAUUGGAGGCUAUGGAGGACACGGACUCUACGGACAUGGCCUGGGUCUCGGUCUGGGCUACGGACUGGGCCAUGGCUAUGGCUACGGCCAUGGCUGGUAG